CGCGCGACGACGCCAGCCCGCCCCGACGCCUAGACUCCCGACAACAGCCGACGCGACGACUGAGCGACGAACAUGACGACGGCGCAGGUGGCGCUGAUAUGGCUGCUGUUUGCUACUGCAGCCUUCGCAGAGCCUGAGAAGCCUCCGCAACCAGUAACGUUCCUGCGUCCUCCCUCGCCAUCGUCAGAACCCCGUUCUGUUGUGCAGAGGGUAGCUCGAUGGUUCUUUUCCUCGGGUGAUGAUGAAGCUGGGCACCAUGAGGACUACGGUCGACCGCCGCCACCGUCAUCACCGCCUCAUCCAUCCGGCUCCCAUGGACGACAUGGCUCACUCAAGUCCAACUAUGGUCCACCCAGAUUCAAAUACGGUCCUCCAAAGCCACCUACCACACAUUACGGUCCUCCAAAGACAUCGAAUCAACAUGAAUUCCCCAGCGGUCCACCACCUGGCUUUUUCAUCUCUCGUCCUGAAGGAAAACCGUUAAAGCGUCCUGAUCUUGGAGACAGUCACUAUUUGCGAUCGCCAAAGCCCCCAGCAAAUCAGUAUGGACCUCCUAAAACCCCUUCCUCUAGUUACGGCCCACCUAAACCUACAAGUAAUUAUGGUCCUCCCACCAAUGCACACGGUGGACCAUCUGUUUCUUCCCCAGCCAGCUAUAUAUCGCUGAAACCUCCCAGUAUAUCUGGACCUCCAUUAACUCCUCCAUCGAUUCAUUAUGGCUCACCAAAGCCUACUGGUAGCAGUGGCCAAUCUUCAAUAUUUCAUGGGCCACUCCGGCCAUCAAGACCACCAUCACCAACAUAUGGAUCUCCAGGACUACUUACAUCUCACAGGCCUCCAUCGCCAGGGUAUGGUCCACCCCGAUCUCCAGGAAUUGUCAGUCAUCCUAAACCACCAAAAAAGGACUGCAAUCCAUGCAACAGGGUUCCUUGGGUUCCGAUGUCUGUAGGAGGAGUAUCAGAUCUGCCUCCAUCUUCUUCUGCAUCAUCAGGUGGGCUUUAUUUGCCAUCACCAUCAAGCUCAUAUGUACCACCUCCACCUCUGAACAUUCCUGGUGCCUCUGCUUACAAUUCAGGAAACGCAGCUGUUGGCAUAGAGGGACACAUUGGAAGUGGAUCUAAUGGACAAAGUGGGCACAUUCACACUUCACAUACCAAUUCAAACGGAUCUCCUGGCAACUAUGGUCCUCCGCCUAUUCCACCCUUAUUACAGAUUCCAAACAUACAAUACGGUGCAUCAGAAUCUACAGCUUCUGCAUCGACAGUAGGAAGCAUCCAGCAAGGUCCAGCUUACUUACCUACUAUAUCGUCGUCUCAGUCACAUCAACAGACUGCUGCAGAAACGCAAAAUGGAAUUUACGGGGGUUCAACAGAAGGAGACCAAUCUCUGGACAUUGUGAAGUCUGUAACAUUGCUUUCCGAAUCUUAUCCUCCUACCAUCAACACUCCAGGGCAGAACAGUCAACUGUACCAGUCUCCUGUACACCUUAUACCAGCAAGUAAUCCUAACUGGCCGUCUCCACCUACAGCUCACUCAUCAAUAUCAGAGGCAGGAAAUAAUGCAUUUACUGACCAGCAUACAUUAGAAUCUGAAUUUACUCAGCAUACGAAAACCAAAGGGCAUGGAGGAAGUGAACUAGAAGUUAUAAAGAGCGUGCCACUGGCAGAUUUUGUGUCCUCAAUUGAGUACCCAAUAGAAGUCAUACAGUCUCCAUCUUAUGUAGAUGUAUCCCCAGAUGCACCAGUUGACAAUGAUGGAAACAGCAUCCAUUCUGCAGAACAGAAAGUUAGGGAAAAUCCUGAGUAUCUUCCGAAGAAUGAAGAAAUAGUAAUUGGUAAACCGGUUCUGAAGGGCGAACUAAAUAUAAAACAGGUUGCACAGAGCACGAGCAAUGAAGGAUAUAAAAAUCAUAAUGGUGAUGAUUCUGGAAAUCUGAGUAACAAUGUUAAUCAGCAAGGAGAAAAUGAUCAGAGCGAUCAGAAGCAAAGUGGAUCUAUAAAGCAACCCAUCAACGUAAACUCAGUUGUUAAGGACCAAACAGAAGGAAGUGACCUAAAAUCGGAAGGGAAUAAUUUUUAUCUCGGGACCACACACCAGAGCCCUCAGUCAUUCUCCUUACCAUCUAGCCAUUAUUCAAAUGAGAACUCGUUUAACGCAGGAAACAAGAACAUCACAUUCCCACAAGAUGUGCAAAGCCAAACAAAAGAUAAUAAGUCUGGGUUUGGUGUGAGUACCCAACAGCACAGUACUUCCACAGACAAUGUAUAUGGUCAGGACCAUAGCCAGACCAACGACCAGCCUCUUCUUGAGCAAACAUCUGGACUAGAUUUUCAUCAACAAUCCAACGUGCUUCUACAACCGCCGCGUCAGCAGAGUGGAAACAAUUAUUAUUUGGUUCCACAGGGCCAGAAUGUGUUACCAUCACAGAAAACACCAUCUUUGCUCCAAAGUGGCUUCGUGAAGCCGCCAGAAGGCCAGAGAGUCAUUGUCGAUAUACAGCCAUCGGUGCAAACGUCCGCUCAAGGAGCAUCACUCAUUUAUCAGAUCAACAAUCUGAAGGCUCCACCACCAACAGCUCCAUAUCCCAAUGGAUUUCCCAACCGUCCAACACAGACGGCAGUAUUUGUGUCCUUCCAGAAUGGGUUACAAGGCGCUACUGCUCCUCAGAGCGUCCCACCAGCUGUCCCUCCUCCUGGCCCAGGACCAGUACACGAUUCCUUCGUGAGACCACCGAAUUCCUUUCGAAAUCCACUCAUUGCGUUCCAGAGUCUCUACAAACCUGACAUUCCCGCUCAAUUUCUGAACCCUCCAGGCAUCAAUCCACCACCUAUCUGGUCACAGUCGGCUGAAGAUUACAGUGCUCCAUGGGCAAACGCUGGAGGGCCUCCACCUUUCAAAUACCUCCCUGACAGUAGUGCUGUAGCUUCGUUCUCCAGUCCUGGGCUAUAUCCACCCCCACCAGUACCACUGCCGCAGCAGGAACCUACCCAACAGACCCCUCAACAGGGGCACAAAAGGCCAAAGAAGAUUCAAGUAAUAGUUCCAUACACAUCGACCAAAGACCUUGCUCAAUUCCCCUCUGCAGGCAGUCAGAAUGCAGCGGACCUGAAUGCUGGUCCGUGGACACCCGUACCGCAAACUAACCAAGGCGUGGCCGUAUCAGAACAGCAGCCUGUCCCACAAGUCAACUGUAGUGAUCCACAGAAACCUUGGCAAGGUUACAUUUUCUGCUACCCAUCUCAGUUUUACAUUUCGCAGCCUUCAGAUAAUUCACAGGAUUACCAACAGCAUCAGGAAUCCAGACCAGCGACGCAGAAAGCCACCAUUCAGAACCACCCACAACUGAAAAAUCACCAAACAGUCUCAAAGACAGGAGAAAUUCAACACAUUUUCGCAUCUAACAUUCGUGAGCUACUGCGCGGUGAAGAGGAGGUGAAGAACGUAACUGAGGACACUCUUCUGCGGCUCCAGAAGAACAUUGACGAAUGGACGGCACUGGCCUACUCCAAACACAACAGAGCAGAGGAACGCAAGACGACGACACCAAAACCACCAGUCAGUGCCCUCCGACACCGCUUAGUUUCGUCAAAGCAGAUCCCAGAAGAGUACCUGACGACUACACCACUGCCGUACGACGAUAUCAACCAGAAUGUGGGACCUUUCGCACCGACUGCCGUCCCUGCCCUGAAGCCGAGCACUGCUUCCAGUUCGCCCCCAAUUUCUAGUCGUUUCUUCGACCACGAAGCUGCGGGUAGCUACAGCCACGCAGUUACAGCCAACGCGUACGACAGACCAUCGCAGAAGAAGACGAACGGGGUCAGCGAACCUGUGGACCACAAAUGGAAGUUUUUUGAGAAUAACCUCGUACUCCCAGAAGCCGUGACUGUGUUAACUACAACGGUCGCAUCGACUGCAGCCACUGUCACGCCCGCAGAAGAACAGGUCACCACGGAAGCUGCAGAAGAGCGACAGAAAACUGAUACAGAGCCGGAAGUGCCGACUACGCCACCGCCAACGACGCAAGCGCCGUGGACCAACCUGCAGGUGUCAAUCUCUCCAAUCACAAAAGAGAGGGUGUACGUGGUGACACCGCUCUCGUCUUGGGAACAGCAGCAACUGGAAGGGACGACUACGCCGACAGCGCAGCGGAGGUACACCCCGGGGGAGUCGUACCGUGAGGGCAAGUCGCAAGAAUUCGACUUCCACUCGCCGCGGUUCGUCGUGAGGCCUACGCCGGCGACCACGCUGCCACUGCAGACGCUUUUCUCGGCGGCAGACGGCGGCGCCCGAGCAGAUGACCGCAGCAGUACCGUCCACGAGGACGCCAACAGCACGGCCAGCGCCGGCAACACCCUGUUCGACGACUUCGUGUCGUUAUUCAGCACAGGAGACUCCUCACUAGAGGGAAGGCGGUCCUGCUUGGAUUUCAGAGCGCACCUCGGGUCGGAACUCUCGCUGGCCUGCCCGCUUAUCAGUGAAAACACGGGCAGCCGAGGCCGCCCCGAACGCGGCGCUGCCGCCAGCAUUCGCAAAAGGCGUCGAGGGCUGACCGCCGCCGCAGCCACCGCCCGCGGGUGGCAAGUGAAAUCGAUCCGCGGACCACUUCAUCCUGAUUGGCAAUUCGGCGCGAGUACCGACGCGCCAGUCCAGCCGCCUCCACAGCCUCCCUCCCCCCUGCCCCUCCUUCCACCACCACCUCCACCGCCUAUGGCGAUGCGGUCCCGCGCCGGUGCCGUCUUCCUGCGGCUGCUGGACGUGCCCACGUACUCGCCGCCGGACGCUGCCGCCAUCCACACCAUCACCGGGCACUCCAAGGUGUCGACGGCGGCAACCUCGGCGACACCGGGAGGGAGGACGUCGCGGGAUUCGUACCUGCGCCACUUCCCAGACCCCGUGCUGGACGGGAAGGCGCAGCAGGACUUGUCGCUAACGGCCGCCGACCACACGCGCAGCCAGAAACCCUCGUCCUGAGGACGCCUCACUCGUGGAACUCUGCUGAGGCCAGCGCCACCGCAGUAAAGUGACCAAACAAAAGCGAUAGGACUCUCUGUCAAAGGACACUGCUAUUACCUCGCCACAUGAAGGCGACCCUGAACCGCUAGUCCCACGUAUUUAUAGCCAUACUGGCAAUUUACACUACCCUAUUUAUGUCAGAGUUAACUAACAAUUACCUGCAAGGAGUCACUCACUAACUACGGUACUUUCAGUCCAUGUCUGUCUGACAAGACGUGAGCAGUGUUUUACGCGCACUGCCAUGAUGCUUUGGUCAGUCGUCGCAGCAGAAAUAUUUUCUGCAAAUCUUUCGAAAAUCAUUAAUAGGCACUAAAUUCGUUUAUAUGAGAAAGAGCGUUGUCUCCUCUUUUGUUUAGCUGUGUUGCAUAAAUAAGCUUUGCCACAAAGCCGGAAUUAGUUUUCGGGAUAACUAUUUGACAUAGAAUCUGAGUAUUAUUAAUAGUCCAGUUUUCUCUGUCUCAUAAUCAUAACGAUUUUUGUGGCUGCGAGACAUUUUGUUGUUCUUGUUCAGUAGCGAAAAAGCGUCUUUCAAGACAAAAACAUGAAUAUAACCAGCCACAAUUAUACUCUGAGUGCAAACUUUUGACUUAUCAGUUUGAUACAGUAUAUUCUUCGAAGUAGAGAGCACUUUUGUUUUUAUGGGGAAUAUCGUAGACACCUGCUGCCAAUUUUGUAGUUUGUGGCGAUACAGAACCUUAGUUGGCUCCUGCUACAGAAAUCUGUUUACUCCCACAGAUAAAUCACAAGAAGCUUGUUCCUCUCUCAAUUCUGGCAUUGUCGUCAGAUAAUAUUAAUUUUCUUUCAAAAUUUUACUUGUUUCAUUUCGUUUUAGAACAGAGUGGUACUUGAGUGACUUUUUCCAGGAACUGACAUAAUCGAACCGUAUAUCAAACAUGAUGUAUAGUCCUUGAUAUGAACUUAAUGUGCACCCACCAUUAUCUUCAUACCCAAGAGAUGUUUAGAUUUCGACGGGAGUCGUCGAGCAAUCUUACAUCAAUUUCCAGAAUGAAAGAGUUUGGGAGUGAACGUGCGAGUGCGUGCAGUGAAUAGUUCAAUAGUAUUUAUAUUUCAAGAGAGUGAAUGUAUAAGAAACACGUUUAAAUAAAAUAUUGCAUGUCUUGAUUACGUAUCUUAUAGUAAGAUACGCUAAAUCAAAUAUUUUUUUCUGCAUUGUCGCUUUGUGUGUUCUUAAGUUAUUUCAGUCAAACUAUACUACCAUAUUAUUGGUUAUUUUUCAGACCGCAUACAGAUGGACAGUGCAUGAAUAAAAUCGACCCUUUAAAAGUUAUGUGCCAGUAGAUGUGUCUUUGAAAUAAUCACGAUAAGUUCACUAAAUGUAAUUAUUUAUGAUACCACAUUGUGUAUUUUUAUACAUAAUU